UCGAGCAGUUCAGUUGUGAAAGUAGAAAAUGAGUAAAGACGGCGAUAAUCCCGUACUAACGCGAAAAAAUCGCAUGGAAUUGUUUACUGCAGAAGAGUGUAAAGAGAUUUUAGCAAAUUUAUUGGCCGAUAAGAACGAAAAUGGCAUGUUAGUAAAUUUUGAUAUAGUGCCGGCCACAGAACAUGUGGGUUUUUUGGGAGAAUACUUUCAUCUGUAUCUGCGGUAUCAGUUGAAAGAUCAGAGUGAUAUACAAAGUUCUCGUUUGUUUGUCAAGUCGGUGAUUUUUCAAAAUGCCAAUAUGGAAUUCUAUAUGGAGAAAAUGGGAGUUAUUAAAAAGGAAAUAAAGCUUUAUCAACUGUUGCUUAACGAGUUAAAGAAGUUUUCUCCCCAUGUGUGGUGUGCAAAGUGUUAUUUCACCCGCGAUGAUCUGUUUGUAAUGCAAAAUGUGGAGGACAUGGGCUAUGUGGCUUUGCCAUCGGAAACUCGUUUCCUAAGCGAGAAUCAAAUAACCCCCAUUUUAAAAUCCUUGGCCACUUUGCAUGCCAGUAGUAUUGCCUACGAAAAGCAGCUGGGUAAAACCAUAGGAGUGGAGUUGAGAGAGUGGCUCAAGGAAGUCUCUGUGGAUCCGGAUGUUGAAUGGUAUACUACGGGCUUAAGGGCUGUCUUGGCAGUGGCUGCCACCCAUCCUGAUGUCUUGGAUAAUGCACAAGCCCAGGAGUUUAUUGCCAAGGAUUUACCGAGAUGUCUGGACAAGGUCUACUAUAUGGUUAAUCCUUCACCAACUCACCGGAACGUCUUCGUUCAUCGCGAUGCCUGGGGUGCAAAUGUUUUUUAUCACAAGGAACAGCCGCAGGAGAAAAGAUCUGUUCUGGUCGACUUUCAACUCUGCCGAUAUGCCCCACCUGCCAUGGAUUUUCACCUUGCUACCUAUUUAAAUCUGGAACCCCGAAAUCGUAAAAUGAUGAUUGAUGGUCUGGCCCAAACUUAUUACAAUGCAUUGACCGAUGAACUUCGAGAUAUGGGCAUUGAUCCCAAUCAGGAACAACUGAGUAAACAGGAGUUUGAGAAAUCCCUGAAGGACUUUGCUUUAUUCGGAGAGACCUACAAUUGCAUAGCGGCCACCAUACUCCAUCUGCCCAAAAAUUAUUUGAAAAACCUCAAGGAUGAACGGCCCGAGGAUUUCCAUAGGUUCUGCAAUGUAGAUCGCACGGAAGAUGUUCUUCGUUUGAUGAAAGAACAUUCAGAAUUCGCUGAUUAUAUGUAUGAAUGUGUUGGCGAUUUGCUGGCCCUGACAUACAAGGAAAACUGAUUAAACGACAUUGUAGCACUCACUAUCUUUUCCUGUUCCCCUGGUUACACUUGGAACCAUAUCAGUUUGGCCAGUGAUUUUUGUUUACCCACCUCUACUCUCCACCCACUGGAUUAUCUUAUCGCUGAAAUUUAAGGGGGCCUAUGAGUUAUUUAAUUAGGGUACAUGCACUUUUUAGUCCGUUAAGCCAUUGUAUAUGAGCAGUGUUGGAAAAGGUGCAUGUUUUUGGAUUCUGGGUAAGAUACAAGAUUUUAAAGAAACUAAGUACCUAGGUAUGGUAAAAGGUACACAAUUUGUCAAGUAUCUGGGAAGGGAAAAAGGUACAAAAACUGUUAAAAAGCAAAUUUUUUAUAGAAUUUUUUAAACAUAUUUUGGGUCAAUUUGUUCUUUACGAAGUUAUGAUGAUAUUGUGUAUACGCUCUGGCAUUUAAGUCUGGUUAUAGAAGGUUUCUCCUAGAAACACGAAAAAAGAAACAUCUUAUAUCUUGCAUAUGCGGUGGAAUUAACUUUUCAUCAAAUUGCUUUGAAAUUAUGAUAUUUUUUAUUAGCAUAUUGGCGAAAAUAAUUAGUUAAUACAAAUAUUUCAGUCCCGAAAUACCUAAAUAGCAAAUUUCUAAAAUAAAUAAAAUGGCUUACCUAGGUACGGUAAAAUCGUACUCUCACAUUCUUUUACCGGUAGGGUACAAGGUAAAAAAAAGUGGUACCAAGGUAAAAGUAUCA